AUGAAGACGGUCAGCAUCAUCGCGACCCUGACGGGCGUAGCCUUUGGCACCUGGAGCGCUUGGAAAGCCUUUGCGCAGGGCUGGGCCCUUCCACGGAGCGCUGCGCCCGCCGCGCUGGAGCGCUCCAACCCUGGCUGCAGGCUCGACCUGAAGGGCGAAGCGUCAGGCAUGUCACAGCCGGCAGCUUUCGAUUCCUGGUACGCCAACCAGAGUGAUGCCUGGCUUGCGCCUUUCGUGAUUCCGAGCCGACGCAUUGUGUUUUGCGAUGUGCAAAAGGCUGGCUCCUCUCGGUGGCUCCGACUUCUGCGAUGGCUGGCAGGAUCGCCAGACUGGGAUGGAAACCCGCACUUCCUCGACAGCGAAGGGCACCCAGGUGGAUUGAGGAGGCUCGAACACCUGCCACGUGAGGAGGCCGUUCAGAUCAUGCGUGACCCAAAGUGGACAAAGAUAGCAGUCGUGCGGGACCCGUUGGACCGCCUGAGAUCUGCUUACUUGGACAGAGUGGUCGGCGCCACUGAGCCCAAUGAGAUCUUCGAGAAGCGCCUUUUCGCGCAUUACCAGAGCCUGGCAUCGAUGAGCUUUUCAGACUUCCUUGCCAGGGUUGAGCUGGGCAUGCACUUCCUGGAAAACGAAGAUGUGCACUGGCAGCGCCAGUCACGCAGGUGUGAUCUCGGCAAGUUCCUACCGCUGUACCACCACGUCUUCAUCAUACCUCCGGACAAGUCGGCGCGUGCUGAAGUGUCGGACUGCGUGCUUGAAGCGCUGGCCAAAACAGCGCCAAACCCUGCAGAGGUGAGAAACUUCUCGAUGACCUCAAGGGCUUCAGAAUCGCUUGUUGCACACAGGACAGAUGCCGAAUCCCACUCCACAUAUGAUGAAGAGCUUUGUCUCAAGGCCCGGCAGCUUUAUGCGGAGGAUUACGAGGUAUUCCAAAUGCAAAGGCCCACCUGCCUUGCAACUUCUCCGCAUGUCACAUGGCCAAGCCUGCCAAGCCUCUAG